UGUACCUCUGUGUGUUUUUAAUGGGUGGAGACCAGAGAUCCUCCUCCCCAAAAAAAAAAAAAAUAUAUCAGACAAACACAAGUCAGCUUCACCAGCAGCAGCUAACUAUUAACCGUUCAUCCUCACAGGCCCGUGGAAGCUGAACAUUAUCUGAAAAUAGCAAGAGAGAUGAGUCAGGCGGAGCAGGAGCCUGAGGACGUGACUGCAUACCUCAACGAUGAGACAGUAGCUUCAGACAACAACAAGGACCACCCACAGACGCAGCCGGGCAUGUUGGGCAGGUUGGCGGGGGGCUUGUACGGCGCCACCAAGGGAGCUUUAGGAGCAACCGUGGGCGGCGUGACCUGGAUAGGAGGAAAGAGUCUGGACCUCACCAAGACUGCCGUCUGCUCUGUAGCCGCUGUGCCUGGGAUCGGAGUGGGGCUGGUUAAAGGAGGCGUGUGUGCCGUAGCUGGAGGAGUGACUGCUGUCGGCUCUGCGGUGGUCAGCAAAGUUCCCGUAGGAGGAGCCAAAAAGAAAGACAAGUCUGACUGACGGCGGAGGAGAGGAAGAGCGUGAACGCACGCAGAUGAGAUGUAUGGCUCGACGUGUUUGCCUGUUUUUUUACAUCGGUGAGCAGGAAAAGAGCAACACAGGACUCAAAAAGGUUUAGUGUACACAUUUUGGUGAGGGGUUUUUUUUUUUUUUUUUUGCUUUAGUUUUCUGUUAUUUUUAUUGGUAAACCCACGUUCAAGGACCCUGCAAAGCAAGAACUAACAAAGACUCUUCUGCUAUGUUGCUUAAAGUAAAACUCACCAAAAUAUUAUCACACGUGCCUGAAAUUGUUCAAAUAAAAUGUCCAUGUUUCAUUUUUUGAUAAUAAGCCACAACACUGUUUUUCACUGCUGUGACAGCUGUUACAUUAUUUGUCACAACAGUGUCAAAGAGAGAAGUAAAUGCACUUAAACUUCCACCCGCGAGACAAUCUAUAACUGACUAGGAGUUAUGUUGCUUGGAGGUAUUGGACUGGCGACGGAGAAACGUUGGUCAGAAAAUGUGUAAAGUGUUAUAAAAAUCACCUUCCUGAUGUCUGAUCAAAGGCGUGAUUUAAACAGUCCAAUGUAAUAUAUCUCAACCACGUGCUGAAUAUUUCACUGAACUAAUGUGACAGUUUUUCCUCUGAAGUCGCCCUCUGGUGGUUGUAUUCUCAAGAUCACUGGAAGGCAACUAACUAGUGCUUUUGAUACAUAAUCAGAUUUCUUGCUAAAAUUCUUUGUCAUAAUAUAAAAAAAAAGUCAGAGUAUUUUGUUGAUUUGAUUUUAUACAUUACACUUAUUUUUGACUAAAUCUAUAUUUUGAUAGUUACUGUGACGUGUUGGUAAAGGUCACUCUCUGUGAGAUAUGUAACAUUUUUCCUUGGGUAAAAAAUAAAGCUGUCACUUUUGGACACAGAAGCUUUAUAAUAGCAUUAAUGAUUAGUUCUCAAAUAAUGCUUUUCCAUAUUCCACAGGGGCCACUGUGUUUACUGUGUUUUCUGAUGGCUGGACUCGAUCAUUUUUAAGCUGACAUUAAUAAGACAUUUAAGUAAACAUUUCUGUAAAUCUACCUGUAGUAUAAAAUUACUUUCAAGCCUUGUACGAAAACAAAGGUUUCAAAGCUUUUAUCAGUGUUGCAGAAUGUUUGGAAGUUUGCUGUUUGAUGAGAAUUUAUUGAAACGUGGCAAUGAUAUAUUCAGGACUUGUUUUAAAUAAAACAUGCUGAAGGUUG